CGAACAUUGCACGUGACAUGUUUUUGCGCGUGAUGCACGAGGAAAGCAAUCAAUGAAAAGUUAAAAACAAACGUAUUUUCUCUUAACGAAAUCUGAAGAUUAUCAAAUACUGUUCAAAAUGGGUGACAGAAAAACAGUGUAUGGUGUAGAAACAUCCACAUAUGCCUCAAACUUGCUCGAAAAUUCAUUUCCAUCUACACAUUUUAGUCAGUCCAGCCUGAGGUUUAAAGAACAGUGUGUUUCUAAUAACAUUUAUGACACUGGAAAUUGUUUUGAAACCAGGCAAUCAACAUGUGAUGAAAACAAUAACGUAGAGAAUGUUGAACAUGAUGAUGAGUAUGUAGGUAACAUCAAAUCUUCCUACAAAAUAACUACUCCAGUGGACGAGCGCAGUUGUAUACAUGAAUGCACAGUGAAAGAUGAAUGCCUUCACAGCAAAGUCGAAUAUACGAAAGUGGAGUUACUACCUUGUCUGAUAUGUUCCGUAUCCUAUGGUAACAGAUCUGACGUUCUGAAGCACAUGAAUAAAAUACAUCACAUGACAAACCUAUGUAAGAUUUGCUACUUCGAGGAAGGUCAACUCAAGCGGUUUGCAAACCCAGUGUCGCUAAGAAACCACAAACUUCGAGAUCAUCCAGAAGACAUGGUGAAGUGCGUAUGCGGGGCGAUGCUCAUAGAUAAUAAAAUGCUGAGCUCACAUCUAAAGAAGUUCAAAUGUGAUCAGAAAGGUUCUGUCGGUGACUUCAGUGGAAUGAUUCGGUGCAUUUGUGGUAAAAGGUUUGCCUCUGUGGAGUUGGUUAUAGGACACCAGGCUAAAUGCAGAAAGCGUGAUUUGCUUGGUACGUUGUCAUCAAAUGCUAAACCUGGGAGCGUAUUUGGGAUAAAACCAGAACCAACCAAUACCAAUGUAAACAACAAUAAUUCAACAUCUGAUUCUGAUGUGUCUUUGCAGUAUUAUUAUGAGAAUUCUAGAUCAGCUUGUAAAAAAAGCAAAGAAAUGUCACAGACAUGUGAUGAUGCUUUUGAAAGAUUGAUGCAUGAAAAUGACACUGAAUUUUGCAAAUACAUUAGUAGGCUUGUUCCUAGAACUGGAAUCCCGCAAAAAUUCGCGAAAAGAAAGAUUUCGCCCUUUCACACAGAAUUCUCGGCAGAUAGUGUAAAGAAAACAAAAUCUGAUCUCAAUAACAAUUUUCAUUCAAUGCCUGUAGAAAUAAACACAUGUGACAGUGUUACCACGAACACUUCUCCCAAAGGGGAACACUCUGGUACAAUACAAAGUGUGAAGAAAUUGGUACCCAGCAGUGAUACCUACACCAGUCCUACAAUUUACAAACCAAGAUUCAACGGGAGAGGCUAUUUAUUGUUGGACAACUUGCCGAUGCAAAUGGAGGCUAGUGAAGCUGAUCUCAUUAAAAAACGCCCUGAAGAAUCAUCUGUUUUCAACAACCCAGACAUGUAUGAAAUCAGUUCUCAGUUGAAGAGUGAUUACAGUUCAACCAGCAAAGCAACCAAAGUUGAAAAAGAACUUUCUAUCUCUUCACCUUUGACCAGGAGAAGUGGGGUAGUUACAAGUAUUUCUGCAAAACUCCAAAUCAGGAACCUUGGAAAGAAAACCAAAAGUGAUAUGAGAUAUCCCUGCAAGACGUGCGGUCGACGGUUCAAGAAGCCCUAUCUGUACGUGCACCAGAGAUUGAAGCAUAAAUUCUCACAGACAAUUUAGCCCUGUGCAGUAAUUGGGCAAUACCUAAGAGCAAGAUGCAGUCAACAGUCCUCAAGGCAUAGUGCUGAUUGCGAAGACAAGAUUUUGUUUAUAUAUAAGCAUUUUAUAUUGUUGAACAAUAUUAAUAUCCUAAAAGAAGAUUGUGUGUAUAAAACUUUGCACGUUUUGUUCAGUUUAUAGUUCUGCUUAUUUGUUAUGCUCCCCCUAAAAAUUUUGGGGGCAGCAUACAGUCGCCGCUUGGUCUGUCUGUCCGUCCGUCCAUCCGUCCGUCCAAUUUUUGUCCGGGCUAUUUCUCAGCAACUAAUGACCGGAAUUCAAUGAAACUUUAUGGGAAGCUUCACUAUCAAGAGGAGAUGUGCAUAUUAUCAGCGGGUUCUGGUCGGAUGAUUUUUCACAGAGUUAUGGCCCUUUGAAAUUUUCCAUUAACUGUACAUAUAGUGCAAUUCUUGUCCGGACUAUUUCUCAGCAACUAAUGACUGGAAUUCAAUGAAACUUUAUGGGAAUCUUCACUACCAAGAGGAGAUGUGCAUAUUAUCAGCGGGUUCUGGUCGGAUGAUUUUUCACAGAGUUAUGGUCCUUUGAAAUUUUAUAUAAAAAAUUCUUGUCCGCCAACUACUGUGCCCUCAAGACGUUUCCUUUUAUCUGAAUAUAUAGUGCAAUAUUGUGAAAAAAAACAACUUUGGGGAGCAUCACCUGUCUCCGACGGUUCCUUGUUCACUUUGUUUGACUCUAUUGAGUAUUCUUGUAUUAUAAAUGUUUGUAUGCAAUAUUAUGAAAUGUGCUUCAUUUAGUUAAAGUAAUGACCUCUACACUUCUUAACUUUGUUGUACAUGUAUAAAUGUCAGUUAAAAAAAAAAAGAAUACACACACUCUACUUUUAAUAAGUGUCAAACAGAUAUAAUACUUAAUAUUGAUACUAUUUAUUUACCUUAUCCAGUGAUUCUUAGACUGUUAUAAAACAAUGAUGCAAUAAUUUACUAGGGACCAAUAGAUUUUUUUAGAGGGCGAGGCAGCCAAGAUUUAAUAACAAAAUCUGAACAUUCUAAUCUUAAGUCUGUUUCAGUUUCAAUAACUGAGUUGUGUAGGAAUAUACAAUUACAAUAUUUGUAAAGAUAUUUCUAAAAAAAUAAAUAAAUAAGUUCUUUC